AUGUUAUCUGGUCGAUUUUAUGAUUAAGUAUAUGAACCAUAAUCUUAAAGAGUUAUUAAUAAUUUUAAAGAUAAAAAAGUUACUUUCAACAAGGAGUCACCAAAAUUAUAAUAAAGACUAUUAAGAAAAAUUGAUGAUAAAGGUAUAUCUACAAAGGAGAGUAGUUAACCUAAGAGUAUUUUGAAAAGAAAAGGAUCAAACAGUAGCAGUAAACAUUAAGACAUAUUUGAUUUUUUUGAAUCAGUCGAAGUAGAAUAAUAAUAUGUUAUUCGAAACAAUAAACAUGUUAUACUUGCACCUUUACAAUCUUCAAUUACUUUAUCUCCAAAAAAGAUUGACACUGUAUCUCCUAAGAGAGUAUCAUUUAAUAGAAGGAUAUAAGUGAAAAUAAUAUGUGAUGAUGAUUAGAUUGAUAUUAAGUAAUCUAUAAGUAGACAUUCAUUUAGAAGAUAAUUGACUGAUUUUAUAAAUUGAUAAGAUUAUAUUUAUAUAUAAAUAUAUAUAUGUAAAAUAAUUAAAUCAUUUACUCUUAACCUCAAGAAAAAAGAUCAUUAUUAUCUAGAUUGUGUUCUUGUUUUGAAUAUUUCAAAAAGAAUCCUAAGUUAGAGAAUUAAUAUCAUCCAGAAAUAGAUAGUCCAAAAUCUUCAUUUAUUGUAUAAGACUGGGAUUUUUAUAUAGGGUCAAAGGAAAAUAAUUGUUUUGGAUUUAGAUGAAACAUUAGUGCAUAGUUAAUUUUAGCAUUUUGAUUCUUAUGAUUUGGCUCUUGAUGUAAUUGAUAUAUUAGAACUAGAUUGUUGUUUAAUAACAGAAUUUUAAGGUAUUUGUUAUUGUUCGUCCUGGUGUUAAACAAUUCUUUGAUUAACUUAAUCAUUUUUAUGAUAUUAUAUUAUGGACAGCUAGUUUAAAAGAAUAUGCCAUGCCUGUAAUGGAUUAUAUUGAUCCAGAUAGAAAAGCAAUUGAAAGAUUAUUUAGAGAUAGUUGUACACCUUUAAAAAAUGGUUUAACUAAGGAUUUAACUAAGUUGGGAAGAGAUCUUAAAGAUAUUAUUAUUGUUGAUGUACUAAUAAUAUUAUUUUAACAUUUAGAAUUCAGUUUUCUCUUUUAUUAUGAAUCCUGAGAAUGGAUUUAAGAUUAAGGAUUUCUUUUAUGAUAAAUCUGAUAAAGAACUAGAAACAAUAUUGCCUUUUUUAAUUUGGAUAUCAUAAGUAUGGUGAUCAACUACUAAAUAAGUUGUCUGAUGUAAGACCAGUUUAAAUACAAUAUGGAGAGUUUUAAAAUAGAAAGAGAUUAGAAAAAAAGAGUGAUGAAUAACAAAACUUAUAUGGAAUAUCAAAAUCUGUAAUAAUUGAAAGAAAGAAAGUUAAUAGGAAUAGUUUUAUAAAGACUUUGACUGAAUAAAUAAUAGAUAAAAGAGGAAAGGAUGAUACUAAUGAAAGUGAUAAAGAAACCUUUGAAAUUGGUAAUUGA